CUAUAGUAUAGUCUAAUUUCUUAUUUCAGUCAUUAGCCAGACGUGAACCUGUAUACUAUACUUAUAAAAUGGCUGCGAUAGACGUUGAGCCUAUGCCUAUAAAAGUGGAGACUGCAAUGCGUACGUUAAAGUUGUCGGGGCAUGUCGGUUUCGACAGCCUGCCGGACCAACUAGUAAACAAGAGUGUGCAGAAUGGAUUUGUGUUCAACAUUCUAUGUAUUGGUGAAACUGGCUUAGGCAAAUCUACACUUAUGGACUCUUUGUUUAACACCAAUUUUGAGUCUUCUCCUAGUCCACACAACCUGCCAACUGUUAAAUUGAAAGCACAUACCUAUGAACUGCAAGAAAGCAGUGUACGGCUUAAGUUGACACUCUGCGACACUGUGGGAUAUGGUGAUCAAGUCAACAAGGACGAUAGUUUCAAAGCCGUAGUGGACUACAUUGAUGCUCAGUUUGAGGCGUAUUUGCAAGAAGAGCUUAAAAUUAAGCGCUCCCUACCGACUUACCAUGACAGCCGCUUGCAUGUUUGUCUUUACUUCAUUUGUCCGACUGGACAUGGCCUCAAAUCAAUUGAUCUUGUUUGUAUGAAGAAAUUGGAUACUAAAGUGAACAUUAUUCCCAUCAUUGCAAAGGCUGAUACCAUCUCGAAGACUGAACUGCAGAAAUUUAAGUCCAAAAUUAUGCAAGAACUCCAAUCAAACGGUGUCGAAAUAUACCAGUUUCCAACUGAUGAUGAAUCCGUCUCCGAAGUGAACACUACGAUGAACAGUCAUAUUCCAUUUGCUGUGGUUGGCAGCACUGAUUUUGUCAAAAUUGGGAACAAGACUGUGAGAGCCAGGCAGUAUCCUUGGGGGACUGUGCAAGUUGAAAAUGAGUCUCAUUGCGACUUUGUGAAGCUUCGCGAGAUGUUAAUUCGCACCAACAUGGAGGACAUGCGAGAGAAGACUCACGCGCGCCACUACGAGUUGUACCGCCGUAGAAGACUCGCGCAAAUGGGAUUCAGCGAUGUUGACGCGCAUAACAAACCGGUGUCCUUCCAACAAACAUUUGAGCAGAAGAGAUCAGCUCAUCUCGCCGAGUUGCAGCUGAAAGAAGAUGAGAUGCGUCAGAUGUUCGUUCAACGCGUAAAGGAAAAGGAGGCUGAACUGAAGGAAGCUGAAAAAGAGCUCCAUGCGAAAUUCGACAAGCUGAAGAAAGACCAUACAGAAGAGAAGAAGCGGCUCGAAGAGCUUCGUAAGAAGAUAGAAGAUGACACAAUUGAAUUCAACCGUCGCAAACAACAGACCCAACACUCACACCACACUCUUACUCUUGGCAAGAGCAAGAAGAAGUGAGGACACACCUCGUCUCUUAGCAGGUCCUUCCGGUAACCUUUACCCAUAGACAAAAACCUUGACCGGAAAUAUGACUGCCGCCAAUUUGUCGAUUAUUCUAGAACUGUGCUGAAUAUUUUGUUUUGAUGAUAUUUUAUUGGAUAUUUUGUUUACUCUGUGCAAAGACAGUUUACUAACUUAAUGCCGUCAGAAUUUAUUGAAAAAUAUUUGAAAAAAAAAUCUAAUGUAAGUAACCGUGCAGAGAAGACGGGUUAUUUUUGCAGCAAAUAAAAUUUAAAUAAAAAAAAGUGUGUACAUAUGUACACGCGUUAGAAGUUAUACUUCUUUGGCAUAACCAGAUUAAAAUCUUAUAAAAUUUUUAUUCUACGUUUAUAGAACGACCUAACAAUAGAAAAAAGGGUUUUUAUUACAUUGAAAGAUUGAUCAUAACGCAUUGUCUAGUUAAAGGUUUAUUUAAAUAUCACAAAAAACCUAAAAUGUUGACUGUAACUUCUGGGUCUCGAAUUUUUGUGACGGUGUGCGCGCGCAUCGUAAAAAUUUACUCAUAAUUUUUCCCUAAGUAUAACUUGAAAAAGAAAUAAUAAAAUCUCGGCCAAUAAAUUCUUUGUCUUUAGCAAAGCGAAGAUUAAUACUUGCUAAAUCGGUAAAGUUUGUAAUCGGCACAUGUUUUUUUAAUAAUCAACAAAUAAAAACUAGUCCCGCCCGCUAAACGACUAUAUACACUCCUUUUGCUUUCGACGUACAAGUUUCGAGCGAACUAUCGCGUUUGGCAAUUUUUUAUCCUUAAUAGUCUAUUAAUAGAAUUGAAAUAAUACCUAACCUUCAAGCUGAACCUUUAAGUAUUAAGGGUUCCAUAGAUAAGCGAAAGCAUUCAUUUCAUCGAAGCUUGUACACAUCAAUCAUUUCCAGCUUCAUUGACAGCUGUCAAUGUCAAAAACAUUUUCCGUAGAUCUAAAAAUCUUUGUCUGGAUAUUUUUGAAUUUUGUUUGCCCUCUCAGAUGUUUUUAUUAGUGCCUUUAAUUAUAGAGUAUUGUACUAAUGGUAUAAUAUGAGAUAAUUUUAUUCAUUCUGUAAAACUUUAUGGUAUCACGAAUAAUAUGUUAAAAGGGUUGAAUUUUUAAUUGCUGGUUUGAGUGACUGAAAAAAAAGUUUUUAAUUUGAUAUUGAUUAUGCUGAUUUAGGAAAGGUAGAUAGAUUUUAAUAGAGCUUUUAAAGAAAACAUAGAUGCAAUAUUCAAUUUUGUAAGCACAUGCAAUUCCGAGAUUUUACACAGAUUUACACACUAAAACUUGUGUUAGCACAUAAAUUGGGAAAUGACACUUACCGAAAUCUAGAAAAUUUCUCUAUGAUUUUAUGACAUUAAAAUUUGAAAUCAAAUAAAAUUUUACAUUCUAGGAUACAUUCUAGAUAAAACGAUAUAAUUCUCUGGUUCCAAUACAAUUUGCUAAAUCUUUUUGCUAAUUAAGCAUCUCGUCCAAAUGGACUGCCAAUUUACUUGCACCUAGCCAUAUACUAAUGUUUUAUACCAAAUUUUAUUUAUCUCUAGACUAAGUUAGUUAUAAGAAUAAUUUCGUCAAGUAUUAUUGGAGAAUCGAUCUUGUAAUUAAUUUAAUUUUAAAAAUUAAUUGGUGUUUAUUAAUAUUUGUAUUAAAGGAAUACGACAACCAUACUUCAGUCGAUUCUUUUCACUUUAUUACAAAUAAAUGUGGUUAUUUUUUGAACGCAAACUUUUAGAUAUACUUUACUUGGUUGGAAUGUCGUUAAAAGUUUAAUUUCGAUUAGUAAUUCUUGGUGAGAUUAAAUUCUGAACACAAACUUUGUAUGUAUGAUGUAAUGUUUAUAGGUUUCUCAAUUGCCAAGUAGAUAUUAACCAAUCUAGUAAUGCACUAAGCAUAUCAAGCGUUUUAUUUUAGUUAUAAAUGGUUGAUCUGUGUGUUAUUGUAAACAUUGGUAAUCAUGCAAUGUUAUUAGAACAUUCAU